GGGCGGGGCUGCCGUCAGCUGUUCGCGGCGCGCCCGCCGGCGCCGGCCGCAGUUUGGCGGUGCGGAGGCGGAGGCGGCGGCGGCUCCUCCCGGGACGCCCCGUCCCCGAGGGGCGCCCGUCCCGGUUCUCGGCCUGAAAUUCCUCUUGCUAGUCUUCCAUUCUGUUAAAUGCUUCGCAAACCAGAGCAAAGGAAGAGACAUGAAGAGUUGAAUUUCACUGCCUUGUUUGGAACUGGGUGGAAAUCCUGGAGAUGGAUCUCUUAGGAGUCUGUCUUCCAAUUGGGUUAGAUGCACAGGAGCGAUGGAUCGCCCCAGCUACCUGGAAGAGGACUAUUCUAGCCUGGAUGGGCUGGACGAUGACGUGUUUCACUCUGAUGACUUUGGACUUGCAGGUCAGCCUGGUGAGAUGACUGCAACUGGCUUUUUCACACAGAACCAGUCCUACAGCUGUCUUCUGGGGAGAUUUCAACUAUUUCCCCUCACACACUGCUGUGGUCCCGGUAUCAGGCAUCCUGAGCAGCAGGACAAGGCAACUCAAACACUCAGCCCAUCCUCUUCCAGUCAGGAUGUUAUGUUGCCUUGUGGAGUCACUGAAGAGCCACGGAGACUCUUCUAUGGGAGUGCUGGUUACCGUUUACAUGUCCCUCCAGCUGGCUUUGUGUUGGACCCGCACCUCCAAGAGGAACGCCAGGAGGGUCAGCGGGAAGCACGUGCGGAGGUGCAGAUUGCACGGAAGUUGCAGUGCAUUGCGGACCAGUUCCACCGGCUCCACAUACAGAGGGUCAGUGUGUUUCAGGAUCUCCCCUGCUGGCUGGUCCUUGCUGCUGCUGUACACAACAGUGGGUCACCUCUUCAGCUCUGCUUUCUGUGCAUUGCCCAUUGGUGCAGGACUGGAAUCUCCAGCUGAGGAUGCACAAGCUUGGUGAGGGAGAGAAGUCCUGAAGUGAGUGAGUCCAGUUUAAAUGGCAGGGGAUAGAUAGGGUGGGUGUGAGUUUGGGAAGACUGAGAUCUAAAACAAAGUCCUUUCAGGGCUAUGGAAUCCUAGGCUUGAGGAAAGGAGGGGGCCAUUCUUAUGGUCAGUGGAAUCAGAAAUUUGAUAUGAGGAGGUGGAGACAGAUGUUUUGUUUAAUGUUAUUAGAUAUUUUCUUUUUCUUUUUUUUCUUUUCAUUUUGACAAAUGACAGUGAAGGCAGAGGUGGGCUUGGAAGUGUACCUUCCCCAUGCAUACCAAUGACACAACAACCUGCUGCCCCUUGCCUAGCACCUGUUUUGAAAUCCUGCUGCCUGUGGAGCUGAUUACUUGACAUGCAGGUUAACAGAAACUUGCUGGACCAUUUCACAUCUAGUCUGAAAUAGUAUUCUUUGGUACCUUAAGAAAAGAAACUGAGAACAAGAACAUAAUUAUGCCGUUGUAUAAAUUCAUCUUUCUACCAUAUCUUGAAUGUUACAUGAAGUUCUGGUUUUCUUCAUCCAAUAAUGAUGCAGCAGAACUGGAAAAGCUUCAGAGAAGGGCAAGAUGGAUGAUAGAACUUCCAUAUGAAAAAAUGGGCUAGGACUGCUAAGCCUAAAAAAACAUACAAACCAAGAGAGAAGCAAUAUUAUACAGAAAUCAAAAGUGACAUGAAGGAGAUGAAUAGGCUAAUUUCUCCCAGAACAAGAGCUAGGCAAAAUCAAGUCAAACUAGUGGAAGCCAGCUCAAAGUAGGUGAGGUCAUUUUUCAUGCAACAGGUGAAAGCUGUGGAACUCCUUGUCAAGGCAUAUUGUGCAUCCCAGUGCUUUAUCUGGGUUCAAGGGGAAUUGAGACAAGUUUAUGGCCAUUGAAGCAGACAUUAAAUAAACAGAAACCAGAUCUGACUCAGGAAGUCCUAAGCUCAAACUAGUUAGAUGCUGAAAGGGAGUACUAGUGGAAGCACUUAGGGCAUGUACUUGCCCUUAGUUUUUCCUCAGGUAGCUAUGUAAGGCUGCUGCUGGAGGCUGGGCUAUGCAAACUCUUGAUGCAAGUCACAUAUAAUCAUUGUAUAUCAGUUUAAUAAAAGCUACAAAACUUCUACGUCCUCCUAAUCUAACCUCCUCUAUGCUUUCAGCUGACAAAAUGUAUAAAUAUAUUACACAUAUGUUCCUGCUUAAAAUAGGGGAUAAUAUUAAAAAGCACAACUUCCUGCCUAGCUCUGGUAGAGCAAGUGGGCAGUGGAUAAGGGAGUUGGGUGGCAGGAGAGCUAUGCAAGCUCUGUGCAACAGUGUGCCAUGAAUCCACUGGACACAGGACUCAAAAGACCAAGACUGCCCACAAUAAAGAGCACGAAACAGUUCUUGGAGACAGUACAGGUGAAUUCUUCUGUAGUAUUUCUAACAUCAGUGUUCAGUGCUGCUGUCUCUCCUGUACAACCCCUUUGGUCUCUGCAGGUUCCUCUGAAUUUCCUCAGCCCUUGCAGCACUGUGACAGUGGUAACAUGCUUUCUGCUUGUAGCAGUGCGACAGCUGAGAAAUUAUUUUUCAAUUAAGAAAUAAUUGUGGUAAUACUCCACUUAUUUUUUAUUGUGGGAGAGUAGAAAAUGCAGGUUAUAACUUGACUGAGAUCAUGCAAGGAUUGCUGAUAGGAACCUAGUUGUUCUGCCUCCAGUCCUCCACCUAGGUUGGUUGAUCUUAUUAAGAUAGUGCCUGAGAUUUCUGAGGGGGAUGAUGAGAUGUUUGGACUGAUUAUUUACGGUGAGGAGUGUACAUGUUUGUACUUUACUCAAUACAAUUUUAUAGUGGAAGGGCAGGAAAGCAAGUGCCCAAAUGCAGAGUUCUCUUUUGUUUCAAGCCACUGAGGAGGAAUGUCCUGCCAGCCUUUUAUAGUCUCCAUUUGGAGGUUUGUUUGUUUGUUUGUGCUCUCCUCUGCCUCUCCAAUUGAAAAGGAAUGCUUCCGAGGACCGGACCAUGGCAGGAAAAAUAGCGAUCCAAAACCAAGCGGUGAGGCAACUCCUGUUAGCCCCAGUUAUGUUUUCCGUGGUGGGAAGCAGACCUGGGGGUGCUGGCAGUGGGGCCGGAGCCCCCCGCGGGCGAGCGGGCCCGGCCGGCGGGAGGAGCGGGCGGUGCGUGCGAGGGCCCGGCCGGGCCGUGUUUGCGCUCGGCGGCUGUGUUUAUAUCGCUGGCUAAAUUUAGCCUCUGACUCAUCGGCGCUGCUGACGAGAGCUUGCGCUGCCCGCAGGCCCCAGCCCUGCACCUGCCCUCCCGCCGCCUCCCCGCGCAGCCGGGCGGCCCGCGCCCACCCCUGCCCCCCCGCGCCAGGAUAUUUUUCCUGUAAAAACUUUUAAAGUGUUAUUUUAAGCAAACCCCGAGGCAGACUUUAAUCACUAGGGGGGGUCUCCGCAGCACUGAGCAGUUUUGGGAGCACCUCCCUUCUGCAGGUGAAAGAAUGGAUGCCGAACACAGGUCAGCGGGUCCCGCGGCCCGCGCAGGGCAGGCCGUGAACACCGGGAGCUGUGGAACAGCUCUGCCCCAUCACACGCAGGUUCGGUCAAUAAAACCUUCAAAAGGCCAAAACCUCUUGCAGCUGCCGGCCGUGGCUGGGCCAUGUGGGGCGUCCUCUCGUGGGCAUCUCUUCCAGCACCCUCACCACCCCACCCCCCCAGAGCACAGGGGCGAGCUGCCGGACCCCGUGCCACAGGUACAGAGUGCUAUCAGGUGCGGCUCCGUGGAAAUGCAGGAUCUUUAUUUACCGUAUUUGUGGAAAAUGGGCCAGGUGCCCCUCGGGAUGGGGAAGGAGGGGAAGGCCGGGGGCCUGGGAACGCGGUGGCCGGUGGCUGCCCUUCCCAGGUUGCCGUCAGCUGGCUGUUGCCAUGGCGGCUGUCUGCUUCCCCUUCCUGCCGCGCUGGGGAGGAAGGCGCGAGUGCCUGCGUGUUUGUUUUUAAACUAGCAGCGAGUGAGAAAGGGCUCACCUGCGCCGGCAGCAGGUCUGGGGCAGCAGCCGUGCCUGGUUGCUGCUCAGACCCAGCGUCUCAGCCCGUGCCCUCUCCCAUGCUUGGCCUUGGCAGCCCAUACCUGGGUUUUGGGGUCCCCUGCACCCCUUUGGCUCUGCCCGGUACUGUCUGUCCUCUCUCCAUAAAACACGCGUGUUGCUUAUCUUGUUGCAAAGCCUGAUGGAGGCUCAGGAGAAAAGAAGCAAUACUUGAGAUGACGGCUCCUUUUACUGCAAGUUUAGUCCCAUGUCACAGUUAUUGCAAGACAGAAGGAUGGAGUUUCCCGAGGAAAGUCUCUCGUCCUCUUUAUUGUGUCACCAUGAGAAACCAUGUGGCUGAGCUCCUCUUUGAAUUUUUUUCCUCUGUUACUGCCUCUUUUUUUCUCUGCUGGUUCUACACAUGCAUUGUACUUUGGUCAUUAGGAAUCACAGCUGGAAAGAUUUGUAUUUGACUUCCAAUGGCCUGCAUUUCUCUCUCCAGUAGGGGACACCUUCUGUAACCUCUGUUGCCUUGGGGACUGUGACUUUCUAGUCUUUCUAAGCUAAAGCAUAUUUUGUGGUAGCACAAUGUGCCUCCAGCCACCUGGCAGCCAAAACAGCCUUCAGCGAUGAGUCAGCAACUGCUCCCGGUGUGCAAGUAUUUUUGUAUUCAGCGAAUAAAUACAAUCCCAACAACUUGUUGCUAGUACUUGUAUUAGUCAUUAAAGGAAGAAUAAUGUUUUUAUGUACACAUGUGCCAUUAUUCUGCUUUUGCUCUCACAACACCAUUUAGGGCCAUAUUAAUCCUUCUAGUUAAGAUGGGAUCCGAAUAUGACCUUUAACUGUCUGGAAGCUAUGAAGCAAAGUCAGAAGCUGCCCAUGAGGUUGAGAGAGUAGACAGAGUGUACCAGACAGACCCACAUACAACAUGUGUAUAUGACAAGCAUGUUUACUUUUUAAACAGGGAUGUUAGUGGCACGUGUAUAUCAAACGUAAAAAUGAGUCUUAUUAAUCUGUUAAGCAUUUAUGCUCAUGGAUUCAAGGAGCUGUGUCAAAGGGACAGCAUUUUCUCUGAAGUGCAUCACCUGUCCUGAUCUUCCCUUUGAUCACCCUGUGCAAGGGCUUGUAGGAAUACAAAAGGUUUUGAUGUCUGGGGUGCUAUUUGGCAGAUAUGUAUCUGCAUGCUUACAGUGUGAAACGUAUUAGGAAUUAAUUAUGGGGAAGGAAUGAGGGUCAGGUCAGUCAUGUUCCUCUUUCAUUUGCUUCCAGUAAAAGUCUUGCAUGUUUUUUUUUGUGUUUGUUUACAAGUAGUCUGGCUUUUGGUUCAGCACAGUUCAUAGAAGAGGCUUCACUAAUGUACUGUUGCUGCAGAGGACACUUUUCCUGUAAAAUGGCCUUUCCUUGUGACUCAUUGAAGCAUUCAUGCUAACGCUUCAGACAGACAGUCUCUUAAGGAUAUCCCCUUUAAAAAGCAGCAGCUGCAAUAGGAAAUGGUUUUAUGUGUUUCCAGCUUUGUGUUGACUUACUGUAUUCACAAGUCUACUCUUCUUUAGUUACAGUUAGUAUAGAGGGCAGAAGGGACUACUUUCCUUCUUGGGAAGGAAGCCUCAAAUGGGUUAUUUUGUUGCUCCCACUUGGAGGUGGCAAAGUGUUCAUCCCUGGUACUUUUUGUGCAGUAGUAACUCUGAAGAUUGAGUUAUUUAUAUAAUUAUAUAAUUAUAUAUAUAUAUAUAUAUAUAUAGGGCAAAUCAGCCUGGUGAAGCUUAGGGAAAUUAUACACCAGUGUUGGAAUAGUUAUGAAUUUUAGAAAAAUGUCUCAAAACAUAUCACAUUAAAAAAAAAAAAAAAAGCCAAAUCCAUGGAAUCACUCAUCUGGGUUUUCUGUCCAUCCUGACAGCUAAAUUAUACCACACCAAAAAACAGUCAGUCUUGAAAUAUUUAAGAAUUUUGGUCUUGGCUGAAGCAAAUCUGGGGAAAAAGACACAGAAACUUGUGAAAAGGACAUUUUUUAGUUCUUUCCAUAAAUUGUUUACUGCACACAGUAGCCAUUCCGUUCUUUGGCUCUUGUCCCCUGCUGAAUCAGUACCACAGAAAGCAGAUCAGCCCAGAAGUGAAGCUAUAAAUUCCAAACUCUCUUAGCUAGGCUUGCUGCUGAAGCAGGUAGUCCUAGCUUGCUCCUCUUCACAGGUCAUCAUCUUUCUGUUGUCCUGGCACAAACAUCAGUCUGACUACACAAUGCCAUGCAUCAGAUAGUUCAGGAUGACCUGUUAAACACUAAGGGCAUCUUCUUUAUCAGAUUAGCUCUGGCCUUGAUCAUUGUGCUGCUCUAAUUCACUUUCCAGCACUGCUGGGAGGAGAGGACAGUGUGAGUGGGCUGCUCCAGUAUGUGGGCCAGUGAAAGUGUGUGGGACCACACCACUACGGAAGAAAAUGCUGGCUGAAUACAGACCUAGGGAAAUACAAGCAAGCCCUAAGUCUAGGAAUGAAACUUGGACAGCUUCCCUGAACUUAGUGCUCUAUUUUUUUACUUCAAAACAAAAUGGUGUCAAUAUUCCUAAAAAUGUUACUUGAGAUGUUAUGCUUCUUAUAAGCAAGGGGAACCAAGGGUAAAAUGUUUCCUAUUCUGCUCUUACCUGGAAAUCUCCUUGAGUGUAUUAGGCAAAUAUGGGAAACAAUUUUAAUUGGAAAAGGACAAAAGUGCUGUACCAAAAAGUAACUUCAAGAGGCAGUGAAAUUAAUGCAAUAGAAUAUAAACUAAAAUACAUAUUAGAGUUUUCCUCAGUAUUUGCCUUAUCACAUCCCUCUUGCAGGCCUGUAAACCAUUAUAAAGCACAGUUCUAAAAGUUUUAUUUACUAAAUAAAACCAAAACUCAAUACCUUCUUCAAAAAGUUCCCCCCUAAAAAAAAAAAAAAAAAUUUAAAAAAAAAAUUAAAAA